CAAAAUGCGAUUCCAGAUCACACGUGCCUGUGCUGCAGCGUGGGUGGGCUCGUGUCGGAGGGGGCGCGGGCGCGAGCGCAGCGCGGACCGCGGACUUCUCGCGCGGCAGUGAGUGCGAACGCGGACACAACGUGGGACACGGACGCUCCGGAAUAAAUUAGAGCCGUGGAGCAGGAACGAGAUGAUUAAAGUGGAGGAGCGACGGCGACGGCGCCGCAGCAUCCUGGCUUCGUCUUCUGUUCCUGCGCGUCUCCUAGCAACCGCAGCUGACACCAUUUUGAAUGUUUUAUAACACGCAGACGCGGGUUCCUUUAAAGGCAUGUGUAAGCAGAUAGAUCACUUCCCUGAGGACGCUGACUAUGAGGCAGAUGCUUCUGAGUACUUCUUGCGCGCCGUCCGAGCUUCCAGCAUCUUCCCCAUCCUGAGUGUGAUCCUUCUCUUCAUGGGGGGACUGUGCAUCGCAGCCAGCGAGUUCUACAAGUCACGCCACAACAUCAUCCUCAGCGCCGGCAUCCUCUUCGUCUCCGCAGGUCUUAGCAACAUCAUAGGAAUCAUCGUGUACAUAUCAGCCAACGCGGGGGACCCUUCCAAAAGCGACUCCAAGAAAAACAGCUACUCGUACGGCUGGUCUUUCUACUUUGGGGCCCUGUCCUUCAUCAUGGCCGAAAUGGUGGGUGUGCUUGCUGUGCACAUGUUCAUCGACCGCCAUCGCGAGCUGCGAGUGGGAGCGCGAGCCGCCGAUUACCUCCAAGGUGCCGCCAUCACACGCAUUCCCAGCUACCGCUAUCGCUACCGACGCCGCUCACGGUCUUCGUCUCGCUCCACGGAUCCCUCGCACUCCCGCGAGGCAUCGCCCGUGGGCCUGAAAGCUUUCGGGGCGCUGCCUUCCACCGAACUGUCCAUGUACACCCUGCCCAAGGGCCAAACGGGCACCCCAACAGCCACCUACAACUCCACAGAGAGGGACCACAACUUCCUGCAGGUCCACAACUGCAUCCAGAAGGACCUGAAAGACUCAGGAGGCCACAGCAACACCGCCAACCGGCGCACCACACCUGUAUGAAACUGGCAGCAGGACCUCAGACACUAAAGACGUCAGAGAGAAUCCGGGGGGCGGCGACAGAUCAUAGCAGGAGAUGGGAAGACGCGAGAUGUGGGCCGGGAAGGAUGCAUGGAGUGACGGGUUCUGAGCGCUACGAAGCAUCUCAGACGGUUGCUGAAUUUCUGUUUUAAAAAAAGGAAACAGAGAAAAAAUGCAUAAAAAAAGAAACAUGCAUGAUUUUCCCAUCUACCAUUGUUAAACGAGUUUUGAACAUGUUUGUAAAGAUUGGAGGGGGAGGAUGAGGAAAGAGGAGUUGGUAGGGGAAGGGCAGGGCAGGGGUGGCCGCAGGUGGCCGUAGAGCCGUGGAGCCGGGAGCUGGGAGGACUGCCCUCCAAGGUGAACUGGAUGUUUUUUACUCUUCCUCAGUCCGAUGGACAGGGACCAGGCCCCUGGCCCCACCCUCAGUACCAUCCAAAAGGCCUCCCAGCACACACCCUGACCUCCCCCAACCCCCACUCCUUUCUUUAGUUGCUGUAUCUUCUUGAUUUCAUUCUUUACUCGCAUUAAUACUGUGAACCAUUGCGGUGGGGUUUUAGCAGGGAGCAAUUCAGGCCGCAAAAAAGAAAAAAAACAUAGGUUAAUAUAUGUAUUGAUUAUUUAUAAAUAUAUGAAUAUAUAUGUUAAUAAAUCAUAACUAGACUUCCUUGGCGCAAAAGAUAUCUACAAGAAAAAAAAGAAAACAAGUGAAACUCAAUCAAGUCGUCAUGGAAACUAAAUCAAGAGGAUUCAUCGUGACUGGCUCAUUUGAUGAGCGAAGGCUUUAGCCUAUUUGAUAAACUGAUAUUGGUUAGUAUUAGACACAUUAUCACAUUCUUUUAAAUAGCAAAAAAAUAAUGUUUUGGCUUUCUGCCACAACGUUGGCAGCCAUCUUUGUUCAAGGUCAACUAGAGGUGACUAGUUGACCAAAUGUUUUUGCUCCAUAAAGUGGCAGACAGAGGAGAGAACUAAUGGAGGAUCUCUCACCAAACUGAAGAAGACUGUGGACUAUGAAGCGUCACUACUGCCAAAGACACAAAGUAGUGCGUGGGAACAUGUCUACCAGCAGGUGAAGCAAAGUGACUCCAAAAAAUUACGAAUUUACAUGCAUGCUGAUCAAAAUCAUUCAAUCUGCUUUUAAGGAACUUCUGUUUCAGAUAACUGAACAAUGAUACCACGUAAGGGCAGUGGGAGUGACAACGUAGAAAUGUUACAGUUCUGUGUCUAUUUUCUUUUUUUACUUUUUCUGAGUGGGGAAUUUUGGAUCAAGCUUCAUUACGCUUGAAAACAAAAAGGAUGUAUGAAGAAAAGAACAGCUUAUCUUGCCUUUUGGUUUAUUUUUCAUUUUUUGGUUCUCUCUGAACUCUCACACAGCCUUAGCCUCUUUUCUUUAUCUACUUUUUCUUGUUCUUUGGUUUUGCGUUGUGUUGUAAAUGAGAAUUUAAAAAAAGCUUAAUGUCUUUCAAGGUGCCAAAACUGAAUGAUUCUGAACUUGGAUGCAUCAAGUCCUGAUGACAAAUAAAAAUGAACCCCCAUAGGGAACAGA